CAGUGUCUGCUACUGACCCAGACAUGGGUCCCAAUGGAACUGUUCAGUACAGUAUCUCAGCUGGGGACAGGUCGAGGUUUCAGAUUAAUGCUAAGAGCGGGGUUAUUUCUACAAGAAUGGCCCUAGACAGAGAAGAGAAAACAGCCUACCAGCUGCAAAUAGUGGCCACCGACAGGGGCAAUUUACAGUCUCCUAACCAGGCCAUAGUAACAGUCACGGUGUUAGAUACACAAGACAACCCACCUGUAUUCAGCCAGGCUGCUUACAGCUUCGUGGUCUUUGAGAAUGUGGCCCUAGGGUACCACGUGGGCAGUGUUUCUGCCACCACCAUGGACCUCAAUGCCAACAUUAGCUAUCUCAUCACUACUGGGGACCAGAGAGGUAUGUUUGCUAUGAAUCCUGUCACAGGGCAGCUGACCACAGCAAGUGUGAUUGAUAGGGAAGAGCAGUCUUUUUAUCAACUGAGAGUCCUGGCCAGUGGGGGAGCAGUAAGGGGAGACACCGUGGUUAACAUCACAGUGAAAGACUUGAAUGAUAAUGCUCCCCACUUCCUCCAGGCAGUAGAAAGCAUAAACGCAGUGGAGAACUGGCAGGCAGGACAUAGCAUCUUCCAGGCCAAAGCCGUGGACCCUGAUGAGGGUGUCAAUGGCAGGGUGCUCUACAGCCUGAAGCAGAACCCCAAGAAGCUGUUCGCUAUCAAUGAGCAGAAUGGUAACAUCAGUCUGCUGGCUCCACUGGAUGUCCACGCUGGCUCAUACCAGGUAGAAAUCUUGGCCUCUGAUAUGGGUGUCCCCCAGCUCUCCUCCAGCAUCAUUCUGACAGUUUAUGUCCAUGACGUAAAUGACAACCCACCAGUGUUUGACCAGAUUUCCUAUGAGGUCACACUUUCUGAGUCGGAGCCUGUGAAUUCUCGAUUCUUUAAAGUGCAAGCUUCUGAUAAAGAUUCUGGGGCAAAUGGGGAAAUAGCGUACACUAUCACAGAUGGGAAUACUGGGGAUGCCUUUGGCAUAUUCCCAGAUGGCCAGUUGUACAUCAAAAGUGAAUUGGACCGUGAACUUCAGGAGAGAUAUGUGUUAUUGGUUGUUGCCUCUGACCGGGCAGUGGAGCCCCUAAGUGCUACUGUGAAUGUCACUGUGAUUUUAGAAGAUGUGAAUGACAACAGGCCUUUGUUUAAUAGUACCAAUUACACAUUCUACUUCGAAGAGGAGCAGAGGGCCCGGUCAUUCGUAGGCAAGGUCAGUGCGGUGGACAAAGACUUCGGGCCUAAUGGGGAGGUAAGGUAUGCUUUUGAGGUGGCACAGCCUGAUUUUGAGUUGCAUGCUGUCACUGGGGAACUCACCAACACUCACAAGUUUGACAGGGAGUCACUCAUGAGGAGGCAGGGGACAGCAGUCUUCAGCUUCACAGUGAUAGCCACAGAUCAGGGCCUCCCUCAGCCUCUCAAGGAGCAGGCCACCGUGCAUGUCUACAUGAAGGACAUCAAUGACAAUGCCCCCAAGUUUCUAAAAGACUUUUACCAAGCUACCGUGUCAGAGACGGCGACCAAUCUGACCCAGGUCUUACGGGUGUCUGCCUCAGACGUGGAUGAAGGAAAUAACGGCCUCAUUCACUACUCUAUCCUCAAAGGAAACGAAGAAAGACAGUUCACCAUAGACAAGUUCUCUGGUCAGGUGGCUCUUGUAGGUAAGUUAGACUAUGAGGCGACCCCGGCCUAUUCCCUCCUCAUCCAGGCAGUGGAUUCAGGGGCCAUCUCCCUCAACUCAACCUGUACUCUAAGUAUUGACAUUUUGGAUGAAAAUGACAACACGCCCUCGUUCCCGAAGUCAACACUAUUUGUGGAUGUCUUGGAAAACAUGAGGAUUGGUGAACUGGUGUCCUCUGUUACUGCCACUGAUUCUGACUCGGGUGUCAAUGCAGACUUACACUACACCAUCACAGGAUCAAACAACCAUGGGACCUUUAGUAUUAGCCCAAACACUGGGAGUAUCUUUCUUGCCAAGAAGUUGGACUUUGAGACACAGUCUCUAUAUAAAUUAAACAUCACAGCAAAAGACCAAGGGCGACCUCCUCGGUCAUCCACAAUGUCAGUGGUGAUUCAUGUGAGGGACUUCAAUGACAACCCCCCAAGCUUUCCUCCGGGAGACAUUUUUAAGUCUAUAGUGGAGAACAUCCCUCUUGGUACAUCUGUCAUUUCUGUGACAGCGCAUGACCCAGAUGCGGAUAUCAAUGGGCAGCUGUCUUACGCCAUCAUUCAACAGAUGCCCCGAGGCAACCACUUCAGCAUAGAUGAGGUCAAAGGAACCAUCUACACCAGUGCUGAGAUAGACCGGGAAUUUGCCAAUCUCUUUGAAUUAACAGUAAAAGCCAACGACCAAGCUGUGCCGAUAGAAACUAGGAGGUAUGCUUUGAAAAAUGUGACCAUUUUGGUGACAGACCUCAAUGACAAUGUCCCGAUGUUUAUAUCACAAAAAGCCCUGGCUGCAGACCCUGAUGAAGGCGCUAAUGGUGAGGUGGAGUAUGAAAUAGUCAAUGGAGACACAGAAACCUUCACUGUGGAUCGCUACAGUGGAGACCUUCGUGUGGCUUCUGCAUUAGUGCCUUCACAGCUCAUCUACAACUUCAUAGUAUCAGCCACAGACCUGGGCCCAGAGAGGAGGAAGUCAACCACGGAAUUGACCGUCAUCCUCCAGGGCCUCGAUGGGCCGGUUUUCACACAGAACAAAUACAUGACCAUCUUGAAGGAAGGGGAGCCCAUUGGUACCAAUGUCAUAUCCAUAGAAGCAGCUAGCCCCAGAGGGUCAGAAGCUCCAGUGGAAUAUUACAUCGUUUCUGUUCACUGUGAAGAAAAGACUGUUGGACGUCUCUUUACCAUUGGACGGCAGACUGGUGUCAUUCAAACUGCAGCCAUUUUGGACCGGGAGCAGGGAACAUUUCUCUACCUGGUGGAUGUUUAUGCCAUAGAGAUGUCAUCUGCCUUUCCCAGGACACAGAGAGCAGAGGUGAGAGCUUGGAUUCCUUUAUUAUCUGCUCUGAGUGGGCUUUUUCUAAAUGUCUUUGUCAUUGUGAUUACUCUCUAUGAUUUAACUGUGUUUUCAUGGCUAUGUUUAUAAACAGGGACAACUUAGAAAACAUUGUCACACACUGACAGUUUCAGGAAAAUGCAGCUAUAAUCCAGGUUACAAUAAAUAAUGAACUUUUUUAAAAUAA